CUUUGUCUCUCUCUUCUCUCUCUUAUGAAACAAGUACUAGGGUUUCCACUUUAAUAUUCCAUCAUCAUCAUCAUCAUUAACACUGCUACUUGAUGGUAUAUGCUUCUUCAUGAAUAUAUAGCAUAGUCAACAUCUAUCUUCAUCUGCUCUUAAGUGAGGGAGAUUGACUUUUUUUUUUAGAUCUUUUUUAAAGAACAAGAUCGAUCGAUCAAGAGUUGGAAGCAGCUAUAAUAAGGAGUUGAACUAAAUAAGGAAGUUGAAAGGAAUCAUUUAAUAUAAUGGGUGAGAGAAUUAGUGAAGGCAAAGAAGGGUCUUGUUGUCUAAUUACUAGUCCUAAUAAUGGGAGUAGAAAACGUUCAUUCAUAGACUUGAAUGAAGAAGCUGGUGAUGAUGAGAACAGAAGCAAUAAGAAUGAUAAUGAGAUAUGUUCAUCUUCAUGGCAAGAAGGGAAUUUGAGUAGCAGCAACAACAACAACGCCACAUCAUCAAGCGAAGAAGAAGAAGAAGAAGAAGAAGAUGAUAAGAAUAAUAAUAAAGGAAGAAGAACAAGUAUGGUUAGACAAUAUGUGAGGUCAAAGAUGCCAAGGCUUCGUUGGACUCCUGAUCUCCAUCUUGCUUUUGUUCAAGCUGUUAAUCGCCUUGGUGGACAAGAAAGAGCAACACCAAAGUUGGUUCUUCAGUUGAUGAAUGUGAGAGGUCUUAGCAUUGCACAUGUAAAGAGUCAUUUGCAGAUGUAUCGAAGUAAGAAGCUUGAUGAGUCUGGUCAAGUUUUAUCCCAAAGUAGGGCAAUGCAACAAGGAAGGCAUCAAAUUUUGGAGAUGUACCAAAGAUUAAAUGUACAAGCACACUUUGGGGUUGAUAACAUUAUUAACAGGAGUAGUAGUUAUGUACCAUCAUCAUCUCUCCCCAUUAAACAACAACCAUAUAACAUUAAACCUCAUCAUCAUGCCUCUUCAAGAUUUCAUCCAACUGGGAUUUUCAAUAGUCACAUGAUGACAAGAUCAAGUUCAUUGGAGGACAAAGAUUCAAGGUUAUAUGAAGCAAGCUCACAUCUACUUGAUGUAAGGGAUGCAAUAAUAAGAAGAAAUAAUAGUAGUAAUAGUAAUGGAGCUUUUAGGUCUUGCCAAAUACUUGAACAAGUGAAGUGGCCUCCUCCUCCUCCUAGAGGAACCUUAAAGGAUAAGAAUGAUAAUGGAUCACAAGAAAGUGAGAAACAUGAAACUUUAGUAGCCAUUUCAAUGGAUGACAACAAUACUAGAUUUGGUGCACAACCUUCAUCACAACAAUGGAGCACUACUACCUUGGCUGAUUAUCAAUGUCAUCAUCAUCAAAGAAGUUCUUGCAGUGUUGCCUUCCCUGCUGGCCAUCAUGCCAAGUUAGAUGCUCAGGUACAUGAUCUAAAAAACCAAAUGCAUGAUGAGAAGAAGAAAGGGUCGUCAUCAUCAUCGAGUUUCCUAGAGCUUAAGCUAAGCCAAGACUCAUUAGAAAACCCACAAAGUGAACAAGAAAUCAAUACUAAACUUUCUCUUUCGUUGUUCUCUUCAUCAUCAAAUUCAAGUGAUUACAAACACAAAGAGAAGAAAACCCAGGUUGAGCGUUUAUUUUUACAACAAAAUUUCACACAAAGGAGUCUAUUGGGCUGAGUACUUAUUAGGAUCUGACCAUGUCAAAUAGAGUAGAUCUUUUAAGUACUUGUCUCAUCAUAAGUCAUAACAAACCACAUAGAACAGAAAAUAUUAUUUUUUGUAAUCCGAAUUUUUGGUAUCAAUUAAGUUGACUUCUUUUA